CCAACCGUGUCCACAAAAGUUAGUCCUUUCCGUGAACUUUCGACCGAUCUUCGAGUGGUCGCUAGGCCUCCAAUCAAAUCUAGGCGAGUGAUAAGUUUCGGUAAAGUGUGGCCGCUUAGGUGAUUCAUCCCCCCUAGAAGAAAAAAAUAAGUGUGAUAAAACAACACUGGUUGAGUCCAGUUAAGCUGGUUGUAGGUACCCCCAAACAAACUAGUGCCCCUCGAGAAGACAGUAAAAACCAAUAUUGGAAGCUGAAGCAUUCCGGUUCCACAUAAAACCAAAACAGUGGCCAUUCUUUGUCUGCUGACUAGCAGGGGGUUUGGUUCGUGGAUCGUUGACAGAAAGUUGAACUGAGGCUGCCUCAACAUUUGAAUAUAAAUUGCUUGUUUUCGCGGGAGUUUUGUUGUUGUGUGGUGGCCCCAACAUCGAUCGUGUUACGCCACCAAUUCGAUAAAACACUGCGACGAAAUCGAAGAUCACGGAACCAUCAGGAUACCUCUACUUUUUCGGAAGCUGAACAACAACCGAUCCACCGGACGAAGGUGGACUUUAGCAGUGUGGCAGUAAAAGAUUUACGAUGGCAGGCCAGGAUAAUGGUCCUAUGGAUCAAGAACCAAGUCUCCUAAAUAGUUCCAGAAACACCGAGUUCAAUGUACCUUCAAGAUUCCAAAACUUAUAUCCGAUCGGGAUCGGUGCUCAGGGUGCUGUUUGUGGAGCACUGGACACCAAAACGGGGAAGAAUGUGGCCAUCAAGAAGCUGUCCCGUCCAUUCCAGGAUGUAACGCAUGCCAAGCGAGCCUACAGGGAGAUCAAAUUGAUGCGACUGAUGGACCAUCCCUUCGUCAUCAAGCUGUGGUUUGCUUCGUCUCCGCAGACAACUUUGGAAAGCUUCAGCGACAUCUACCUCUACACGGAACAGAUGGAUACCAGCCUGAACCACAUAAUCGGGAAUUCCUUGGACCACGAGACGUUGUCCUUUUUGAUUUAUCAGAUGCUGUGCGGAAUCAAACAUCUCCACUCGGCCGGAAUUAUUCACAGAGAUCUGAAACCGACAAACAUUGUAGUGAAGGCGGAUUGUUCGCUAAAAAUCCUCGACUUUGGUCUGGCACGCAGUGUAGGAACCAACUUCAUGAUGACACAAUACGUCGUGACCAGGUACUAUCGAGCACCGGAAAUUAUUCUCAACAUGGAGUACGACACCAAAGUAGACAUUUGGGCUAUUGGAUGCAUCAUGGCCGAGCUCAUAACGGGAAAGGUAUUUCUCCCCGGGACAGAUCACGUAGAUCAGUGGAACCAGAUCGUCACAAAGCUCGGAACUCCGUCAGAACAAUUCAUAUCAAGGACUAACGAGUCCGCCAGGCGAUACCUUAACACCCUUCCGGUGCACGAGGCACCCAGCUUCGAGCAGCUGUUCCCAGAUUCCGAAUUCGGAUCCGCCGAAGGUCAACCCUAUGGGGAUCAGCCCUCUCUCACCAAUGCCAAUGCUCGCGAUAUGUUGAGGCGAAUAUUGACGAUCGAUCCGCUGGAACGGAUAUCGGUCGAUGAGGCGCUCAACCAUCCCUACAUUCCUCGUAGCUGGAUCCAGGAGUCGGAGGUCAACCGACCGGCCCCGGUUCCGUACGAUCAUUCGCUGGACGAGCAGGACCUCAGCCUGGCACAGUGGAAGCAGCUGCUCUUCCAAGAGGUACGUGAGAUCCAGGCGGAAACUUUGGCCGAGUGACGGUUGUACUUUUGCAUUAGAACAACACGUGUUAGGUAGUGUUAGCGAACAAAUUAAGGAAUAAGAUAGUUAUAGUUUGUCGAAGGCGAAUGGUUGGUUUCCCCCUUCAACGAUUAUCUAACUGAUUUCCAAGGAGUUCAAAGCUCUGAAUUCAAUUUUAAAGUUAUUUGUCUAUGACAUAUUUUUGGAACCAAUUGUACACUGGUGUUGGAAAAAAGUGGUAGAAAUUUUGACACCUACGCUGCCGUUCUACGCAAGAAUGUCCCAUGUGACUUUUGGGUCAUUUUCACUUUUUUGCUGGAAACGGUCUCUUUCAGUGUUAACUUUCGAAUAAAAACACAAACAAGUAUACUUUGUUCUGAACUUAUACGAAAUUUUCAUCAAGGUGGUUGUCUCUAUGUUGAUAGUUCUACGCAAGAAUGUCACACUAGAGAAAAUUCUAUGAAAAAUGCAAAUUUUAUCAAAAAAUUGUCUUAAGAUGAGUUCAAACUGUUGAAUUUAAUGUUAUUUACUGAAAAGAACACUAAAAUAGAGGGCAGAGGAGGAGCGAGAAGCCUUGAGUGUUUUAUUCAGAGAAAUUUUCACUAAACACUUUUCGGUAGGCACUACUUACAAGAUCCAUACUCAACUAUACAUUUUUAUAAACAAAGAGGAACGUAUUUCUCAAAUUACGGUUUAGCAUGAGUUUUGGCAAAAAAAUAAACUACGCAAGCUUUUAAAAUGAUAGAAAAAUUGUAGCCGUGUGACAGUUUUUCGUAGAACUAGCAUCGGCAUGCGUUCUGAUUCUACGCAAAAGUGUCACACGGAGCAUUUUUGGCUCUAAUUUGCUGUUU